AUGGACAGUAGCUCAGACUCAACUACUAAAUUCGUUCCUGAAUAUAGAAGAACAAAUUUCAAAAAUAAGGGUAGAUUUACUGCAGAUGAAAUACGUCGUCGUAGAGAUACUCAACAAGUUGAAUUAAGAAAGGCUAAGAGAGAUGAGACUUUAGCCAAGAGAAGGAAUUUUGUUCCAGAAGCACAUGGCGGGGACAUUGAUUCGGAUGACGAACAAGCUCACGAUGAUGCUGACAGAGAAUUCCUUUCUCAAGUACAACAAGAAUUGCCAAUAAUGAUUCAACAAGUUCAAUCUAGCAACUUGGAAGAUCAACUAAAGGGAACAGUUAAAUUUAGACAAAUUCUAUCUAGAGAAACGAAUCCACCUAUUGAUUUAGUCAUACAAUCUGGUGUUAUUCCAAUCCUCAUCACAUUUAUGGCAGAAAAUCAGCCUGAUAUGUUACAAUUAGAAGCCGCUUGGGCGUUGACUAACAUUGCUUCAGGUAACUCCUCACAAACUGCAGUUGUUGUUGAAGCCGGUGCAGUACCAUAUUUCAUUAACCUUUUACAAAAGGGUUCGAUAGAAGUACAAGAACAAGCAAUUUGGGCAUUAGGUAACAUUGCUGGUGAUGGUCCAAGUUACAGAGAUUUCAUCUUACAAGAAAAUGCAUUGGAGCCAAUUCUUUCAGUGUUUGACUCAUCAAAGGUGUCCUUAAUCAAGACAGCUACAUGGACAUUAUCUAACCUUUGUAGGGGUAAGAAACCACAACCUGAUUGGUCUAUUGUCUCUAAGGCAUUACCCACUUUAGCAAAGUUGAUUUAUUCAAAUGAUACUGAUAUUUUGGUGGAUGCCUGUUGGGCAAUCUCAUAUUUAUCAGAUGGUCCACCAGAAGCUAUUCAAGCUGUCAUUGACGUCCGAAUUCCUAAGAAGUUAGUUGAAUUAUUAAAUCAUCUUUCUACGAUGGUUCAAGUCCCUGCAUUAAGAGCCGUUGGUAAUUUAGUUACUGGUGACGAUUUACAAACUCAAACUAUUAUUAACGCUGGAGCACUACCCGCCUUAAGAAAUCUUUUGAAUUCUCCAAAGGAAUCAAUCCAAAAGGAAGCAUGUUGGACAAUUUCUAACAUUACAGCAGGUACCCCUGAACAAAUUAAAUCUGUCCUGGAGGCAAACUUAAUCCCACCAGUUAUAAAAUUGCUUUCCGUUGGGGAAUAUAAAACUAAGAAGGAAGCAUGUUGGGUUAUUUCAAAUGCAUCAUCUGGUGGAUUACAAAGACCUGAAAUCAUUAGAUAUUUAGUGGAACAAGGUUGUAUCAAGCCAUUGUGUGAUUUGUUGGAGAUUGGUGACAAUAAAAUUAUUGAAAUUUCAUUAGAUGCAUUAGAAAAUAUUUUGAAAAUGGGUGCUGCAGAUCAAGAAGCAAGAGGCUUGAACUUCAAUGAAAAUGCUGAUUUUAUUGAAAAAGUGGGUGGUAUGGAAAAGAUUUUUAAUUGUCAACAAAAUCAAAACGAAAAAAUUUAUGAAAAGUCAUUUAGAAUUAUUGAUACCUACUUUGGCGAAGAAGAUGAGGCUGUGGAUGAAUCAAUGGCCCCACAAAACGCAGGAAGUACGUUUGGAUUUGGUUCCAAUGUUAAUCAACAAUUUAAUUUCAAUUGA